UCGUGCGUUCAGAGUGGGUAACGGCUCUGAGUGGAGUCUGAUGUUCAGCACUGAAUGACGGGCAGUGAGUUUACCGCUGAACUGGCUGUACGCGCCGGACAGAGGGCUGAUUUAUCUGUUUUGGGCCACGCGCAUCAUUAUUAUGUCUCUUUUAUAGCUGAAGCCGAAUAAGAAGAUGAGUUUUCAGUUCGGGGAGCGUAAAUGAGAAGCGGACGCCUGACCGUGGUAAAGUUUUGAAUGGCAGUUGUCUAAUUUUAACCGGAGCUCGGCGGCAGUAACAGUAUCUCACGGGUCAGCGCGCGCGCUAUGCGGUCACAGCCUCACAGCAGCGCUGAGAGAGAAGAGCUGAGAGAAGUUUAGCCUUCGCCUGCUAACUGAGGUUUUCAAAGGCAGCCAUGCCUGUCCCUCCACCUCCACCUCCCCCAGCACCUCCGCCACCACCCCCACCAGCUCAAUUACAGACACAAUCUGAGCCUCCUAAAAUCCAGCACUCUGAGGGAGGAGGUCGCAGUGCGCUCCUUGCAGACAUACAUAAGGGGAUCAGACUGAAGAAGGUCACUCAGGUCAAUGACCGCAGCGCCCCUGUUCUCGACAAGCCCAAAGUGAGCAGUGUGGAUGGCAGUGGGAGUGGUGGAGGCUCUAGUGGACCACCUGCACAGGGACCCACUUUGAGUGGGCUUUUUGCUGGAGGGUUUCCUGUCCUCAGGCCAGUUGGACAGAGAGACAAAAGCUCACACCACAGUUCAGUGUCUCGAUCUGGCUCCUCUGCCAGUCUGAAGCAGCCGCUGUGGAACCUGCCAUCUCAGGGAGAAAGUUUAAGGCGCAGCACCCCAGACCUCUCUCCUUCCCACAGACCUUUAGAAAGGUCCUCCUCUCUCACUAAAGCACGCCCUGCCUCCUCGUACACAGCUCCACCUUCCCCCAGCCAGCCUGCACCUCCAAGCUUUAAGCCUCCAUCCUCUGCGCCCACCUCCACACCUCCUCCUCCUCCACCUCCUCCUUUAUCACUUUUUCCAGAACGGGCCAGUAACAGACCUCCUCCUCUCCCUUCCUGUCCACCUCCGCCCCCUCCUUCCCAAAUCACCAAGCCCACCUGGUUACCUGUCCAAUCACACUCUAUCCCUAUGCCCACAACUCCGCCUCCGCCCCCACCUCCCUCAGCCCCUCCCUCCUUGCUUCCUGAUAGGUCAUCUGGGUUCUUCUACCCCCCACCUCCAUCUCUAGUCCUAUCAGACACUAAGUUUGGGAACUGCAGGGACAGUCAGUUGGGCUCUCCUCCUCCACCUCCUCCUCCGCCUCUGCCUGCAUCUUUUGCGCCCAGUCUUCCCUCGUCUCUACCCCCACCUCCACCACCACUGCCUCCUAAAGCACCAACCAUACCCCCACCAUCAUACAGGCCUUCAGUUCCCCCACUGCCCCCCUCUUACCCCUGCACUGCGCCCAGCCGGAGGCCCCCUGCAGUACCCAGGAGUGCAGGUGCUGGCCGAUUGGCUCCUCCCCCUGCUCCACCUGCCCGUUCUCCUACCACUGAAUUGUCCUGCAGAAUCCCACCUCCACCCCCACCUCUGCCUCCAGCUCCACCCAGCUCAUUGAGGAACGGACUCCUGCACAGCCUCGAUGACUUUGAAUCUAAGUUUCAGUUCCACCCAAUUGAGGACUUCCCUCCUCCUGAAGAGUUCAAGCCCUUCCCAAGAAUAUACCCAAGCAAAGAGAACAGAGUGUCAUCUCAGCCUCCUGGCAUGAAGACAUAUUUAAGAUGAAAGUACGGAUGUCAUGCUUGGUGCUAAACUAAAUCAGACCACUUUUCUUAUCAUUGUCUUUGUUGAUGAGGAGAACACAAUUCCAAAGUCAUCUCUGUAAAUUUGUGCAAUAUGUUGCCUCAGACACGGAAUUUUCAUUAUAGACUUCUGGAUCUAAUUAAAAAAAUGACUUUUGGCAAUAAUGCACAGCGUCCUAACCACUAACCAAAGCCACAGGCCUGAUUUUGGAAGAGCUCUCACAUUCUUGGGAUAGUGGAGUUACUGUCCAUCUCAAAACCUCAUAGUAUUUUAAACUGACAUUAACAUUAGCAACUUCUAGCUGUAUAUACUGUAUCACACCUAACUUUUCUUACAAUACCCUUGAAUGGGUCUCUGUCAUUAUCAUAUCAGUCCUAGGAGCAGAAUGAUGCAUUAGCGGAUGGAUAAAGGGCAGACAGAGAGAUUAUGCUUUUUUGUGUAAUGUGUAUCUAAGAAUGCUAAGUUGAUGAUGUUUACAAUGAUAAGUCAGUGCUUUCCUCAAAAACAAACAUUUUCCAGGCUUGGUGGUGAAAUGUGAGAUGUGACAUGACAGAAUGUGAGUAAGAUAGUACAGAUAGUCCCCUCCAUGCUUCCACAAGAUUUAAAAAGACAGCAAAAUUGCUUUUAAAAAUGUUAAUAUACCACUUAUGCAGAAGUGCAGAACUCUAACAUCUGUAUCUUAUGGUCAGACCUGAUAAAGAACAGAACAUCUAAUCUAAUAGCUCAACUGAAACUAUUUCAUUUCGUUUGCAAGUCCUGUCCUUUUGACUGUUGAGGAUAGUGAUGUUUCUGUACAUCAUUGUACUCCCAUUCAGGUGAAAGUACACAACUAAAUGAAGCUAACAGAGCCAAGAGCUUUCAAACUAAUAGCUAAAAGAUGUUUUGCUAAAAUCUUCACACAAUAACCUGAGGACAUGCUGGUUUGAAACUAUUUCUGUCUUUUGUAUAAGACCAUUUUGAACCUGAAACUGGAUGUCAUUUUAUGUUCUAUGACGGAGCCUUGAGAGGUCAUGUUUGAACCACAUAUUUUGUAAGAUACACACACAAAAAAGAGACACACCGUGAAAAGAGAGCAGCUGUAAUGAAUAUGGACUGACUGAACCUCUAUGAAUUAAACUAAACUUAACCUGCUUUAAUUUUUUCUCAUUUACACCACCUAAAGUUAUAUUUGAUCAAUGAGGCAGAGCUCUAAGUAGCAAAGCAGAGGACUUUAUUAUUUUUUCAUACUAAAAUGAGUGAGACUGUUUGUAUGAGUGUGUUGGUUUCUUUUUGUCUCUUCAAUAUCAAAUAUGAAUGCAUGACAUUUUAUAUAAGAUGCAGGACAGUUUAGUCUGAAUUUUGUCUGAUCAAGUUGUAUAAAGACAUGCUCACAAUACACUCUGGGAAACAGUGCCAUCAACUGGAAUGAAUCUCAAUGUAAAUCACUGUUAUAACUCAUGCCUGAAUAAAUAACUGUCUAACUUGA